ACACUUUAAGUAGGUUGAACGAUUGCGAUGACUGGGGUGUACAAACAUGGCUGUUUCGUAUGCUAGAUAGAGAGUGGGGUUCUCAUACAGUAGAUCGCUUUGCGGCUGCAUAUAACAAAAAAUGUGAUAAAUUUAAUUCAAAGUUUUGGUGUCAGGGAACGAGCGGUGUUGAUGCUUUCAAACAGCACUGGGGUAAAGAAAAUAACUGGUUAGUCCCACCUCCUUCGUUAGUUACAGAAACAGUUAAAAAGAUGUUGAAAGACGGAGCAGUUGGUACGUUAGUUAUACCCGAAUGGAAGUCGGCUCCUUAUUGGCCGGCCUUGUCAGAGGGUAACAGAUUCAAAUAUUUUGUUAAAAAUCAUAAGAUCUUUCCGGGUUCAGGGAUAACUCAUAGAGGAAGAGGGCGAAAUGGGAUAUUUGGUAUGAUUAAACAAAAUUUCAAUUUCGUUGCUAUGCGUAUUGAAGUUUAGGUUGUAAUAUUAUCAUAGAUUGAUUUUCUGUUUUCCAGGAAAAGGUCUGAGAGACAAAAUUAAGGAUGAUGGUAAAGAAGCCGGAGUAGACGAGGAAUCUGAACUUUUCAAGUAUGCAGAACAUAUGUCCAGUUAUAUUGUGAACAGUAGAAGUGAUAAUACAGCAAAAUCGUACUUUUAUGCAUUUAAACGUUGGGAAACAUUUAUUAAAAAACAUGGUUUUCAAGCUUUACCAGCACAGCCGGUUCAUAUAGCUUUAUAUAUAACUUACUUGCUUGACACUGGUGCUACAUGUAACACUAUUAAUUCUGCUAUAUAUAGUAUAAAAUGGGUGCAUGAAAUGAGUAAUUUUGCAGAUCCAACUAAAAAUUCAUAUAUACAUUCAUUACAAGAAUCUGCCAAGAGAGUGGCUACUGUUAAGAAACACAAGAAGGACCCCGUUUCAUUAGAUAUGUUAUUGAAAUUGUGUAGCAUGUUUUCAGAUAGCCAAGAUUUACUUGUGGUUCGUGAUUUAACAAUGAUUUUACUGUCUUUUGCUGGGUUUUUGCGUUUCGAUGAGAUUAGCUCUCUUUUGUGUAAAAAUGUUGAAGUUAAAUCAGAUUAUUUAAUUUUGUAUAUAGAGAAGAGUAAGACUGACCAGUAUCGUAAUGGUAAUGAGGUUUUAAUUUCCAAGGGGGAUACCAUUGCUUGCCCAUAUGAGAUGUUUUUGAAAUAUGUAAAUCUUUCAGGUGUCAUUUUGGAAUCACAUUUUUUCCUGUUUAGACCUAUUUUUCGUUCUAAAAGUAUUUGUAAACUUAUAUAUAAAAACAAAAAGCUUAGUUAUACUACAGCCAGAGAAAGCAUUAUUUCUAGACUGAAACUAGUUUCAAAAGACCUGAAGCUUGGAUUGCAUUCAAUGCGGUCAGGUGGUGCUACUGCUGCAGCAAAUUCGGAUGUCAAUGAUAGGGUAUGGAAACGACACGGUCGUUGGAAAAGUGACAGUAGCAAGGAUGGUUACGUUGUGGAUUCAGUUGAUAAAAGGCUGCAAGUGACCAAGCAUUUGGGGUUGUAA